AUGCAAAGCUCGCCGCCUACGAUCUUCGUUGACUCUCUCCCCAAGGGCUCUAGUGUUACAUUCAAAGACUCUACGUUCUUCACACAUAAUGGGCCUGGGGCAACUUUUCCAUCUGCUGAUCAAGUUCGAGUCAAGAGUGAAGCUGGCGAUCACGUCCUUGAUAGAAAGAAUACUGUUAUCUUCGAGUCACUUGGUUUGGUCGUCAAAUUUGGCAAAGAGCCUCGUGUCACUGUUGUGGAAGGCCAGUGCCUUUGGUGGUUACGUCGACAUCUUCCAAGCGUCCCUGUGCCCGAGAUGUACGGCUGGACCGAAGAUGGAGGAGAAGUAUUUUUGUAUAUGCAGUUGGUUGAAGGUGUGACCUUGGAGAAUAUAUGGGAAUUUUUGAAUAAAGAGGAUAAAACUGGGAUUUGCGAUCAAUUGCGAGACAUGGUAGUUGACCUACGUCAAGUAAAACGUAACUCAAAUGAUGAGUUUCUCGGACAAAUCAACCGCGGGCCGCUACAGGAUGUUGUAUUUGCCGAUGGAAUCCGACCAAGAGCAGGGACCAUUCUCGUCCCUGCAAGUGGUUCCCACUGGGAAGGACAUGAGCUCGAGGAUAUACCCGAUCCGUAUCGCCAGUUACUACAUGACGAUCCGGGAGUCGUUUUCACUCAUGCUGAUCUUCACCAGAGCAACAUAAUGGUCUCGGAAGGCUGGCCCUGUCGUAUUGUCGCUAUCAUAGACUGGCACCAGUCGGGAUGGUAUCCAGACUACUGGGAGUUUUACAAGGCUGAGUAUACCAACCACUGGGAAUCCGAGUGGGUGCAGAAGUACAUCCCGAUGUUCUUGAACGAACCCAGAGAAACGUUUCUUGAGGGGAUUAAUAGCUACGCAGCCUCAUGGGGUUCUAUGUAG